AUGGAGGCGAGCAGAGACCCAGGGCGCGAUCCGCGAUCGUUAUUGAGUUGUGUGAAUGGCUUCCACCCAAAAGCUUUGGUUUUCGUGUCUGAGAAACGAUGCGCCUUCGCUGCUGGGAAGCUCAUUGUGGAAAUGGAUGUGGAGUCCAAGAAACAGAGGUCACCAGGGUCCACCCGGGAGUGGAUGCUGAAGUUGUCCGAACAGCUCCGGUUUGUGCAGGGACACAGUGCGACUGUGACUUGCAUCACCCAUUCGGAGCAACAAGCGCUGGGAGCAUCGGGGCAAGUGCUGCGAUCUGGCGCCAAGUGGGCAGAAGUCUUGCUUUGGGAUUCAGAAUCCUUGGAGAUUUGCGCCUGCUUUUCAUUCCACCAGGCGCAUGGGUUCCACUUUUUGAAGCUGUUGGUUUUGUCCAAGACGGUGAAGUCCUGGUGUCCAUCGGUUCCGACCGCGAUCGAACCAUGGCCUUAUGGCCGGCGGCGCGAGAAGGAUGUUUUCGGAUUGGAAGGAAAGAAGGAGUGCCCUUGGCCCCUCGGCUCCAGUCGGCUCCAGUUGCACCAAGAACUUACAGCUGUGAUUCUGCCUCAAAUCCUGAAGGAUCUGAAGGCAGUAUGCUCUGCGUACAAGGGAGGUGCCAUCAGUGGCAUCGCUGCAGCUCCGGGCAGCAGCGACCUGCCGAUGCUCUUUGCGAGCUACGGGGUGCAGCACAUCAAGUUUUGGCGCAGCCCGCGCUCCGGACGCCUGUCCCAAGCCAUUGAGGGACGCCGUGGUGCCUUUGGAUCUGACGGGGUGCCCAAGAUGAUUCUUUGUGCCGUUUGGGUGUCUCGAGACCGCCUGGUGGCUGGGGGCAACAAUGGUGAAGUGUUUUUCUUCCACGGGAGUCGAGCUGUUCGCAAAAUGGAGCCUCAGUCCUCUCCUGUGGCCUGCUUGUUGCCACUGCGGGAGAGUCUGGCGGUCGUUCAUGGCAACGGCAUGUGCCACUUUCUGCAUGGCGGAAAGACGACAGAUGUGGAGUUUUCCAGCGUUGCAGGGUGGCCAGGUCCUCGCUUUCGGACACAGCUGGUGUCAGGUGCGUGGAAAGAUAGGCAGCUGCUCUUGUCCUCAAAGACGCAUUUGAUCUACUUGGACCUGAGCAAUGGUCUACCACGUGCCACAUGCAAGCCCCUGGUAUCACAACCAGCUGCUGCGUUAACCUCAGUGGCAAACCAUCCAGUGGCGCCACGAAUCUACACCGCCGCGCUCGAUGGCUUAGUGCGUUGCUAUGAUGUCAAGGACAUGACGCAGUUGGAACAGCGAAGCUUCCAUGGCUCCAGCCAGGGAGUCACCUGCCUUGCCAUCUCUGGUGCAGCAGAUGAGGAGAGCUCAGCAUGGCUCGCUGUAGGAUGCAGCGAUUCCACUUUGUCCAUCAUGAGCGAAAACUCCUACCAAUAUGUCCUCAGAAGGACUCUGUCAGGCAGCAAAGCCAAGCUGACCUGCGCCAAGUUCUCCUCAGUAGAUAUGUCCGGGAAGCAUCCCCUGUGGCUGGCGGUCGGCACAGAUGAUGGGUGCAUCCAUACAUUCCGUUUCAAGGAGCCUUGCUGUCGGAGCUCAGCCUACACUGGGAUGCACACUGGUGAGGAGGUGGUCAGCAAGGUCGCCACCUUGCGUGGCCACGAGGCUCCCAUCGUGGACAUUUGUUUUGCUGAUACUUUGCCUUGCAACUAUCUGAUCAGUGCGGACCUGUCCGGGAAGGAGUUAGCCUUCGAUGUGCCCAUGGCCCGACGCCUGCCCACCAUGACAUUGGUGAGGGAAGUGCCCUUCCAUCCUUGGACAUUACCUGUGGGAUGGCAGAUGCAAGGAUGCAAGGUGGACAAGAAGCUCCCGAGGGUUCACGAGAUUUCUGGGAGGCAGUUGAUUGCCGUUGCCACUGAUGUCAUCAAAGUCUUUCCCUUUCCGUGCAUUAGCCCUCCGAGCAUCCAUCCACUUCGACUGGAGGGCCCUUCAGCGCCUAUCGCCUCGUUGCUGUUCAACCCGAUGAAUGACAGCCUGUUGGCGAGCUCUGACACGGCUCUUUUCGUUUGGUCAUGGGAAACUGAAGCACAGGCGAGACUACCUCUGAGCCCCUUGCGAUCCGUCCAAGAAUCUGAGACGCCUGAUAGCCGAAAACCGCAGGCCUUCACGCCGCCACCGCGGCCGCGGGUCCAAGUGCAGGACGAUCAGAGCAGGUCCGGCAUUGGAAAGCCGAGACCGAAAGCUGUUGGAAUUGCCAAGCAGUAUCUGCCCCAGAACACUAUGUUAGAUGAAGGGCAAAUUGAUGUGGUGUCCAGUGAGUUUUCCUCCAAUCAUUCCAUUGAACUUGAAGGUGUCUCUUCCGUUGGGAAGUCCGAUCUUGCUUAUUUGGACACAGUGACACUGUUUCAUGAGCAGCUUCGAAGUUGUGCGCUCUUGUAUUUUCUGGGGGUGACAGGCGAACUCUGCGAAAGCCCUGGGGCAGAGUGCGCUUGCCGGCGUCAAGCCAGCAGGGAGGAAAAUGCCGCGGGAGAUGUCCUCACGAAUGACCGCUUUCCGCUGGCCUUCGAAAUAGCUUCGUGGGUGUGGUCCUUGCAGGAGGCCGUAGGCUUGCGGCGGUUUCAUCAGCUCAGCGCUGCGCGGCGGCACAACGAGACCCUGACGCAGCUCCUGGCGUUGCCACCCGAAGACCGGGCCAAAGCACUGGCGACGAUGCGAGCCAAAGCGGUGGAAGAGGAGAUGAGGGCAGAAGGCAAGUGCGAGAAAUGCAUGAUGCAGAACCAGUACUGUAUUUGCGAGUCGAUUCAGACGAUCCGCAACAAGUCUGAAGAUGAGCUGAAUCGAUGGAACAUGAGAUUUGUUGUAUGGAUGCAUCACAAGGAGAGGAGACGAGCAUCAAACACUGGAAAGCUGUUGAAGCUCGUGAUGCCCGACAAAACUGACAUCUUGGUUCAUGGUGUUGCAGAAGAUGACCAACUUCUAAAAGAGCUGAUCCAAGAUAGCCGCAACCAUUGCUUCGUGGUGUACCCAUCAGAAGAUGCUGUGCCGCUCACAGCACUUUUCCCAGCGACUGGACCGACUGGAGCGACUGGAGAAAGCUCUGCCCAAGUUGCUGAAAUCGUUCCCGUGGCAGUUCUGAUUGACGGCACUUGGAACCAAGCGCAGCGGAUGCACAAACACUUCGAAGCUAUGCAGCAUGUGGUGGUCUUCCCUACAGGUCAGUCCAAAUUCCAUUGGCGUCGUCAAUCUCAAGAGGGUCGCAUCAGUACCGUGGAAGCGGCUGCUUUGGUCCUGGAGGAACUGGGUCAAAGCGGAGACGGCGAUGCUCUGCGGAACGCCUUGGCAAUUUUGAUGGAUGCCCUGGGGCGCCAAUGCCACCAUGACACACUAUUCAAUCAUGAACUACCUGAGCCAACUGGAAAGAAAAAGUUUGCAUUGGGAGCCAAGAAGAUUCAGAAGAUCCUUCCGGGACAAAGAGGGAGUUCCAGCAUUUGUGAUGAUGACUUGGGGUGA